AUGGGUGCAGUUCAAGAUGAUGGCGAGUAUAAUUUGCAGGAGGCAUGGGACAAAGCAUGCACGUCCUUUGCGAAUACAGCCAAAAUCGACCUCACUACGGCGCCUAAGUUCUCUAUCGAUGAAGUCCUCGAUCAAAUUCGGGUGAAGCAAGAUGACGAUGAUGAGAAAAACAACAAGUAUGCCGCUGCAAAAGAUGUGAUUGGCAAGACAUUGAAAUUCAUCACACUGCUGGGAGGGAUCGCGGCCCAGGGUGCCAGUAUGGUAUUUGCGCCUGCUGACCUCUGCUUCAAUGCAAUUUCAUAUCUAAUUGACACUGGAGCAAAAUUCAAACGCAUUUUCAGCGGCCUGGCCGAGUUGUUCCGCCGCAUCUCUGAUGUGCUCGAACGCUGCAAAAUCUAUAUGCGCUUGCCAGCGGACGCAGUUGACGUCGCGCUCCGCAAGAUUAUCAAUGAAGAACUAGUGUGCUUUGUCGACAUUUGCGCGUUGUCGAUUAAGGUUCUCAAAGGCCACAAAGUCUUUAUCGCGCUCAAGGUAUUUGCCUUCAAUAGCGACGAAGGCGUGAACGACCAGCUGACUCGGCUGGCCACGCUAGUUGAACGCGAGUCUCAGAUGCGGGCAACACUAGGGUUCGAGUCGCAAAAGACAAGCGAGAGAAACAUCAUUGAGAACAUGGAUGGCACCAGAAAAAUCAACGCAGCAGUCGAUAAGCUGCUCAACUUUGAGAAUAAGAGAGAUGCAAACACUGCCUCAAAGAAGCUUCUGGCGAGUAUCGAUCUCAGUCUGGACAUUCCUAGCGAGACUUUCAAAGUCGUUCAAAAGACCUUACGACGCCUCUCGGGUGACCAGGUCCAGGGGAGCGGAGAGUGGCUUCGGAGUGAUCCACUAUAUGCUGAGUGGGCGUCCCACGAAAAAUCGCCGUUCUCAGUCCUUGGUAUCUCCGGGGGUGAGGGAUAUGGCAAGUCGUUCCUCUUUGCGAGUAUCGUCAAACGCCUACAAGAAGUACAACCUCAAUCUGAAAAUGAUAUGAGGUGCAUUUCCACUGCCUACCAUAUCUUUGACGAAGAUAAUCAACAAACAUCUUUGAUCAAGGCCCUCAAGGUGCUUGCGUGGCAGGUCGCCGACCAAGAUAUUGUUUAUCGCAAAGAUGUGAGCUCUGUGAAAUCAGCUGGCAUCAACAAUAUAGGGGAUCUUUGGGGUGUUCUCUUUUCUAAAUCGUACAAGACCGACUCAACAUUCUUUCUUCUCCUGGAUGGCAUUGACCAGAUAGAGAAGAGCGAACUCAACGAGUUUAUUCAGGUUUUAGAGGGAUUACAGGCUACCUCUGAGACCUGGUCACACUUCAAGAUCCGCAUUCUUACCACUGGACGAGACGAAACAAUGAGCAAGGUCAAAAGUCAUCUUGGGGGAGGGAUGGCCAUAAUUGAGAUGGCAUCCGAAAGUAACGAUGAUAUAGAGAAGUUCAUCAUUCACCGCAUGAACAAGAUGGAGAUUCUGAGCGGCUCGUCAGAUCAGGUACUCUCUCUUCAACGCGACAUAUUAGAGAAUUUGAAGACCCAUACCCAUGGCGAUUUCGUCAAUAUCGGCCUCUUACUGCAGGAGAUCAGCGGCAAGCAGCGUCCUGGUGAGAUCCGGGAUAUCUUAUCCCGCUCGGGAGGCAACCGAUCCGACACUAUCGCGAGAAAGAUUGAACGCCUCAACGAGACACUCAACGAAGAAGACAUCUCAGACCUGAAUGUCAUCCUCACAUGGGUUUUGUUUUCCUGCUGGCCAAUAUCUCUGGAGGAUCUAGAGGGGGUCCUCUUCCUGAAGGCUGGAGAGUCUUCUCUUCGGCCUCUGGCAGAAAAGAUAACUGACCAAUAUUCCUCACUUCUCUGGGUCAUGGGAGAACCGCAUCCCACGACUAAGGUCAUCCCAACUACCUCGAUUGUGUCGCUAGUCUCCGACUCAAUAGAGGAGUUCCUACUACAGAAAGAUGAGUCCGACAACCCUGAAGACGCCCCAGACCUAGACCUUACUGGCAAUAUCAACGAAGUCGAGGUCAGGGUUGUCCGUCGGUUCUUAGAGUCUGUCUGCGAUCCCAAGCUGUUCUCCAAAUUUGGGUUCGAAGAGUUCUUCCAGCGGAAACUGAAAGGGAAAACAGCCCUGGUUGGAGUCGAUAGCGACAUCGCUCAUUUGAGUAUCCUGUCAACAUGCUUGGAGGUUAUUCACCACCAGGAAUCCCCAAAAUUAUCAUCUCUGCUCACUUACUCGAGUUAUCAUCUUUCCACGCAUCUUGAACAAGUGGACCCUUCACUAAUGCAACCACAGCAAAAGGUUGCUCUUGGUCCGCAGUUUGUCGGCCUCUUUACAGACGAAGAGAUAAUCAAAAAAUGGUGGCAGCCAACCAAUAUCUGGUUACGGAAUCGAUGGAUCUACCAUGACGAGUUUGCUGAAAAUGCGUUGAGGUGGCUUCAAGACUCUGCGGUCACUAAAAGGCUCCCUGACGACCAGUUUAUUUGGGUGAAAAGUUUGAGUUCCAAGUCUGCGCCUGAUGCAGAUGUUCUGGAGCACGUUGCAACUUUUGUUGCCCGUCGCUGGUUGCAAUCGCAUUGUCCUUCAGACGAGAUCAAGGCUUGCUUCGCUAUAAUCUAUGGAUAUAUUACUAAGAUUGAGAAUCGCAAAAACCCUAAGAUCCAAAGAUCAACCAGUGACCCAAACCCCGAAAAUAUCGAUGUUCCCCAAAUUCUUGAUUCAGCUGAAUGGGCUCGACAGAAGCUUGGACUGGAUAGUCUAGGGUAUGAGGAGACCCGCAACCUAGCGCGCACACUCAGACAGUAUGGAAAAUACGCUGAGUCCAUUGAACAUUUCAAGCUUGCGUGCUCGCUCCAGGAGUACAACUGGCUAGCGCAAUGGGGCCUCGCGGCCGUGUAUGACUCCCAGGGUGAAUACGCGCUUGCGAUUGAGGGAAUCGAGGUCGCAAAAAGUAUAAUUAAGAGUGGCGAGAUACGCGAUGAUGAUGGGGAGUUGGUACUAAUGGACCGCAAAAUCGCUCAGUACAACAAGUUGUUGGGUAAUAGCGACAAAGCGUUCGCGAUACACGAGGAAAUGCUGCGCAAUGACCCGAAUGACUACAACGCGGCGUUGGAGAUGACGAUACAAUUCCACAGUGACAAGAACUACGAGGGCCUGCUCAAAUUCCUCCAUUCACUCAAGGCCUCCACGGAUGAUUCAACCGGCUUAGACAGGCGAACGCUGAUGUUAUAUGAGCUCUACUCCAGCAGUGACUAUCACGAGGCAAUGCUCGAUCUCGCAUCCGAUGGCGAUGCCUUUGAUGUUGUCUUUGAAUGUUAUCAGCUGGCCAUUGUUGCCGCUAAAGAGCAACUCGCCGAGGCGACCAAGAAGGGCGACGUCGACGAAGAAAUGCAACAGCAUUCCUGUCAAGGAUUCCUCAUGCAUAAGCUUGCGAACCUUUGCUACAGUAAUAGCUCCGAAAACGUCGAGCGGAGGGAAUUCGCCAUCGAACAGUGGGUACGCAUUCUACAAAUUGAGGAAACCAACGAGGAGAUGUUCCUCUCGUACACGAAAGACAUGGCCCGUACAAAGCUCAUGAACGUGUUUUUCCAUGAGGCGAUGCGAGAUCCAAACACCUCAGGUACCUAUCUGGAGCAGUUGGAACAGCUGGGCACAUUCAAGUCCACAAACUAUAUUGACGAUGCGCGCCCUAAAAUAUAUGCAGCAGAACUUGUCGCACGAUAUCACGCGCUUCAAGGUGACGAGAAGAAGGCUAAGGAUGCCCUACGCGUGCACAUCAAACGCAAUAUUAACAUUCUCUCUGACGAUGAUCCGUUGAAUGACUCGCAGGGACACCUGAGCUUGGCGAGAUAUCUUAUGUUUGCGGGCCAGGACAUAGACUGCCUCGCUGCUUGGUCAUUGCUUGCUCCUUGUAACAACCCAGAGAGGGAAGCAGAGAGCGACCCAGAUUUAUCAGAGACCGAGACAGCCUCGCGGGCUCCUGGGCCCAUGUGGGAACCAUGCUCUGGCUGUGGGGUUCAUAUUGACUACGCAGAUGACAUUUAUGUAUGCAGAGAGUGCGAAGAUAUCCAAUUUCACGCGGCCUGUUACCCCCAGCUACGGGAAGGAACCGCCAUAGAGCCCGUCUGUGAUAAGGAUCACGAAAUGCUGCAUGUCCCACCGUAUGAUCCCGCUGAGUGCCAAAGAGUUGGAGAGGGUAACAUCCUGGUUGGCGAGGAAAUCAUCCCUGUUACUGAGUGGCUCCGACGACUCAAGGAGAACUGGAAUAUUCGUUCGUGA